AGGCUCAGACGCCAUUACAGGGUGUACGAUCUCUGCAGGAAAACACAUAUUUGGAGGAUUUUAAGAGGAAAAGUGAAGAGACUGUACAUUGGUGAGUCCUGCUGUUGAAACUACUUCAGUUACAAAUGGCUGAGAAAGUUGCUCUUGUUGAAAGUUUUCUGAGCUGCCAUGUGUGUUCAGAGACUUUCAGAGAUCCUGUGUCUCUGAGCUGCAACCACAACUUCUGUUCAAGCUGCCUGCAGAAAUUCUGGGAACAAGCUAAAAACAAAAACUGUCCUAUUUGUAAAAGGAAAUCCUCAAAAGAUUUUCCUGUAGUGAACUUUACACUGAAGGAACUGGCUGACUCCUUUGCUGGAAGACAGAAAUCUGGAUCAUCUGAGACAGAAAAGGGAAAAGAGAAGUCAUUAAUGGAGGUUUGUAGUAAACACAAAGAAGAGCCUAAACUGUUCUGUGAGGAUGAGCAGAGAGCUGUGUGUCCUGUCUGUGACUCUUCUCUCCACCACAAUCACAAAGUGGUUCCUAUAGAACAAGCAGUCAGUGACCUGAAGGAGCAGCUGAAAUCUGACUUAAAGUCUCUGGAGGACAAGAGGAACAAAUACAAACAAGUGGAGGAAACAUACAGUGAGGUGAUUCAACACUCCAAGAAGCAGCUGCUGUCCACAGAGAGGCAGAUCAGAGCAGAGUUCAACAAGCUCCACCAGUUCCUGAAAGAGGAAGAGGAGUCCAGACUGGCAGCUCUGAAGGAGGAAGAGGAGCAGAAGGGGAAGACUGUGAGCAGAGAGAUGAAGAGGAUUCAGGAGCAGAUCUCCUCUCUGUCAGACAGUAUCUCUGCUGUUGAAGAAGAGCUGCAGAAACACCAGGUGCCAUUCCUCAGCAGUUAUAAAGCCACUCAGACCAGAGCCAGAGCCCAGUGCUCACUGUCAGAUCCACAGCUGGUCUCAGGAGCCCUGAUAGAUGUGGCCAAACACCUGGGCAACCUGGCCUUCAGAGUCUGGGAGAAGAUGGAGGAGAAGGUCCACUUCAGUCCUGUCAUUCUGGACCCAAACACUGCAUAUUCCAUUCUCUAUCUGUCUGAUGAUCUGACCAGUGUGAGACGUGGAGACACAUGGCAGCAGCUUCCUGAUAAUCCAGAGAGAAACACUAACUACAGCACUGUUCUGGGCUCUGAGGGCUUCAGCUCAGGGAAACACAGCUGGGAGGUGGAGGUGGGAGAUCAUCCUGCCUGGACUGUUGGUUUAGCUAAAGAGUCAGUUGACAGGAAGGGAGAGAGAUAUGCCUCACCAGAAUCUGGAAUCUGGUGUUUAUUGCAUUGUGAUGGAAAAUACACUAAUGGUCUUAGUCAGACUGUGACAGUAGAGAAGAGUCUCCAGAGGAUCAGAGUCCAGUUGGACUAUGACAGGGGGGAGGUGUCCUUCUACAACUCUGAAGACAUGACUCACAUCUACACUCACAGAGACACUUUCACUGAGAAACUCUUCCCAUAUUUUUAUGUCUAUGAAGCUGGUGCUGCCAAAACCUCUGAUAUCAAAAUCAGAAAGUGAGAUUCCUCUAUGAAGUUCAGAGAUGUUUGUUUUUCUGUGACAAUCAUUCGAAGGUUUAUUUCUCUGUAAAGUCAUCAUCACACAACAGUGAUAGUUUCCACGAAAAGACUUUUUCAUUCGACUUGAAGGUUGGUUGUAAUUUUAAAUGAAUUAUUUUAAAUGUGUAAAAUUAAACAUGUAGACCUCAACAGUGGUUAAAAGUGUUUGUGAAUGUUCUAAUUGAAAAAAUGUUAAUAUUUGAUUAGAACAAGAACAUAUUUUUAAUCUGAAAGUUUUUUUUCCUCGACUGUUAUUUUAUCCUUUCCACUAAAAGACUUAAAAGUCUUUUUACCUCCACUGAUGAGUUAUUUUAUCCUUUAACAUGUUCUAAUGAGAUUUUCAGUGGUUCAGUGAAUCUAAAUUCAUUGUGUCUGAUUGAUUGUUCUUAUUUUAUUCUACAGCAGAACUGAUUUAUUUCCUUGGUUCACAGAAACUGUUAAUCCAACCGUCUGAAAUGAAUGAUGCUGUGUGGUUGCCAUCAAUGAUUUAGUUGUGUUUAAUUUGUGUAGGAUGUAACUUCAUGUUGUUGAUAUUCUGCUCAUGUUUAAUAGAUUAUAACAGAAUAAAGUCUCAUGUUGUUCAGUAAAUACUCUGAUCCUACUGUAAUCUGAAUGAUGCUCUCUUGGCUUCUAACAAACAUGCUCAGUGUGUCCAGUCACUUCUUCUCAUGUAAUUACCUUCCUGUAAUCACGUCAUAAACAGAGUGUGUGGUGUUUUUGUGAUAAUGUCUCUGAAAGACUC